CGGGCCCCAGGCGGAGUGGAGCAGGCGGGCGGGCCGGGGCCUGGGGCCGAGGGGAAGAUGAGCGCCCUCCUAGAGCAGAAGGAGCAGCAGGAGAGGCUGCGGGAGGCCGCGGCCUUAGGGGACAUUCGGGAGGUGCAGAAACUGGUGGAGAGCGGGGUGGAUGUGAACUCCCAAAAUGAGGUCAACGGCUGGACUUGUUUACACUGGGCAUGUAAACGCAACCAUGGUCAGGUGGUCUCUUACCUGUUAAAAUCAGGAGCUGACAAAGAGAUUCUAACCACAAAAGGAGAAAUGCCAGUCCAAUUAACAUCAAGGAGAGAAAUCAGGAAGAUUAUGGGAGUGGAAGAUGAUGACGAUGAUGAUGACAACCACCCCCAGCUGAAGAAGGAGUCAGAACUGCCCUUUGUUCCCCACUACUUGGCCAACUCCCCAUUCCCUUUCAUCUGCACCCCCGCAGCAGAGGACUCAGCCCAGCUACAGAACGGGGGCCCCUCCACACCUCCUGCAUCACCCCCUGCAGAUGGCUCAUCUCCAUUGCUUCCCGCUGGGGAACCUCCCCUGCUGGGGGCCUUUCCCCGGGACCACACCUCUUUGGCCCUAGUUCAGAAUGGUGAUGUGUCUGCCCCUGCUGCCAUACUCCGAACACCAGAAAGCACAAAGCCAGGUCCUGUUUGUCAGCCACCAGUGAGUCAGAGCCGCUCCCUGUUCUCUUCUGUCCCGUCCAAGCCACCGGUGUCUCUGGAGCCUCAAAAUGGGACAUAUGCAGGACCGGCGCCAGCAUUCCAGCCAUUUUUCUUCACUGGAGCAUUUCCAUUUAAUAUGCAAGAACUGGUACUCAAGGUGAGAAUUCAGAACCCAUCUCUUCGAGAAAAUGACUUCAUUGAAAUUGAACUGGACCGACAGGAGCUCACCUACCAAGAGCUGCUCAGAGUAUGUUGCUGUGAGUUGGGUGUUAAUCCAGAUCAAGUGGAGAAGAUCAGAAAGUUACCCAAUACUCUGUUAAGAAAGGACAAAGAUGUUGCUCGACUUCAAGAUUUCCAAGAACUGGAACUGGUUCUGAUGAUAAGUGAAAAUAAUUUUCUGUUCAGAAAUGCUGCAUCCACACUGACUGAAAGGCCUUGUUAUAACAGGAGAGCUUCAAAACUGACUUACUAAUGUAGCAAGGACUUUUAUCACUGAGUAUUGUGACAGUGCACGUCACCUCUGGGCCAAGGACAAGCCAUUGAUCCCAAUGCCUUGGAUGCCCCGGAGGGCCCUGGUGCCACUGCAUAGUGUACACUAACAUCGUUCUGCCAAGGUAGGAAGCCCCUGACCCCCAAGCAGCGGUGCCACUCUUCCAAGCCUCUUGGUGCACAAUAAACCUAUUGCUUGAAGCUUUGAACAGCUGAGAAGUGGUCUGGAGAGGCAGAAGCCGGAGGUUCUAUAUCCAGUGUGUUUUAUGUGCGAAAUGUAAGAGAGUUGUCUAAGCAGAAGCUGAGAGAGAGCGGAGCCUAUUUCUAGCCACUCCUGUUGACAGUGCACCUGAAGGGCCGGGAUGCGCUUUUCUUGGUGUUGCAUGCUCACAACUCUCCUGAAAUCGGGAACUCGUUAGAGAGGAACGCUGGGGAAGCACAGGUACUGGACAAAUUCUAGCAGGACUUGUGACUGUGAGGUUUAAUAUAGCAUAUUUAUAAAAGUUACUCAGGUUAAAAGUAUUUAAGAAUACAGUUACUUAAUUGUAAAUACGCUGUUAACCAAAAGAGCUUCCCCUCCCCCACUCUUUCUUUGUCAACCCUCAUGACUGCUUCUGUCUCUCGAGUCAUCUCUGCAUUAACUCCCCUUCCUGGCCACUAGAGGGCUCUCUGGUGCCUUCUAACAGAGCAACUGCGUUUUACUCUGAAGUGACCCCUGUCGUCUGUGUUUAAUUCACCCUCUGAGAAGAGCACAAGCAUUGCGGGCCCAUGUCCUCCACUUUCGUUUUCCACUAGAAACGAAAAGCGAUUUUUGAGACCGGAUCUGUUGCUACUUUAAAGGUUAUUGUGGGAACUGAGCUAAAGGAGGUAGCGUCUUUAUUUUUAUAUCAAAGAUACAGUUUAUUUUGAAAUUAUUAGAAUUUUUACACAACUCUGAAAUCUGUUGCUUUUGUAAACCAAUUAUUUGAUCUUGGCAAUCCCCCACUACCCCCACCAAGUCACUUAACAAAGUCAGUGUGAGUCUGCCAGACUCAGUUCCGAAAAACAAAAACAAACACCUGACUCAACUCUUGAGCGUGGCGCAUGAAUUUUUUAAAAGACUACAUUCAAGGAUCCCUUUCCUUCCUUUCAGAGUCACUGUUCAGAGAAAAGCCACUGUCUUGCUGAAACAAACAGCUUCACUUUAGAUAUAAGAACUAGCACACAUAGACGAGCAGGAGCUGGGGCGUAGCGCCAGCCAUGGAGGAGCAUCCCUGCCGUCUUAAGAAGCUUUUCCCCAUAGUGCCUAUAGUUUCCAAAGAAACUUAACUUCCUGUGUUAACUUAAUUUUAUUAGAACGUGACAAUUGAGUGAGAACGUGCAGAAGAUGUCAACGGAAGAGAAUGUCAUGCUAAGAUAAUGGCCUCCUGCUGCUGCCUAAAUGCUGAAAUGAGGUUGAGAUGUUUUUCAAGGCCAACUUCACGGAGUCACUCUGUUUAGUGACUUAAUUGUAUUCCAGCCACGACUGCUGGUGACUUACUCACCCUUGUACAGUGUUUGCAUAGCACAGUGAAGGUUACUUAUUACCCUCUUUCUCUCAAGUGCUUUAAAAGAAGAAAACUCCCUUGUGUUUCAACCAAUCAGAAGCUAGUUGAGCUAGAUGUAACCUUUUUUUUCCUUUGCUUUGAAGAAAAUUACAAUUUACCAAUGCAAUGAAGGAAGUAAAUUCUAUUGUGGAGGAAAGAAAUUCAGUAUUAAUUCACAUCUAAAUUACUGGAGUUAAAACUUUCAGCCACCCAGAUUAAUUCGAGACUCCCAGGAGCAGUGGAGACCCCUGGUCGGGAGGUGCCUACAAGAGAGCAGCUCCAGGCCUUCCCCAGCUUCGAGACUGCUGAGCAAGGUCUUGGUGUCUGGGGGAGAGCUGGAUCUGCGUGGCUCUGCCCUGUGCUGGUCUCUCGUCUUUAUAAACCUCUUUGGACAACUGACUCCUGUGUGCAGCAGUGGAAUAAGACUGCACAGUUGCUGGUAGGUGAGUUUAAAGUCUUAAUCUAUGCAUUCAGAGAAAUAUUUUUAUAUGCUUUGUGUAAUUUAUAACAAGGAUUUUUUUUUUUAGCUUUGUUAACUGUGAAUUCACCCCUCCUCCUCCACUGCAUAUUUAAAGCAUGUGUUCACACUGUGUGUAAACAUUCACUGAAGACUUUUUUCUUUGUGCAUUGCUGACUGUUCCAACAUAACUAGUAUUAUUAAAAUUAAACAUUAACUGAU